AUGAUGUCUUCCAUCAUGUCGUACUUUGGGGGGAGGCGAGAUAAUAAGCAGGCUGCUCGAGAUGCAAUCGUGGGGUUGAGACAGCAGCUGCAAAUGAUAGAGAAGAAAGAAGAGUACCUCCAGAAGAAAAUCGACGAAGAACUCAAGAAAGCCAAGGCGAAUGCGGUAUCGAACAAGGCUGUCGCAACCCAAGCACUGCGCAGGAAGAAGGCUAGCGAGACCGAGAUGGACAGAUUAGCUGGACAGCGACUGCAGCUGGAAAUGCAAAUCAAUACGUUGGAAUCUGCCAACUUGAACGUAGAGACAAUGCAAGCUUUGAAGAAGGCGUCCGACGUGCUCUCCUCUAUCCACGGCUAUAUGACCAUGGACAAGGUUGAUUCCACCCUAUCAAAGAUUACGGAACAGAGGGAGAUUGCAAACGAGAUUGCAGAUGCAAUAUCAGCUCCAACAGGAAUGGAAGGGGCAGACGAGGAGGAGCUCAAGACGGAACUCGAGCAACUCGAGCAGGAGCACUUGGACGAACGUCUAGCUGGCGCAGAACAUGUCCCGGCGCAUGUCCCAACCGGCGCACGGAGAGUGGAAGAACGUCCUCGCCCUGCAAUAGAAGACGACGAGGAUGCGCAGCUCAAGGAGUUGCAGGCUGCACUUGCCAUGUAA